CGCACACGCGCACACGCACACGCACACAGGGACAGGGGCUAGCUCACUCCUCCUGUGUAUAUAAGUGGAAGCAGAGGUGGUGUUCAGACUGAGCCUCUCCCCCAGCAUCCAGAGGACCCACCAGGACUCCUUCUCCACCCCUCUGUCACAGCGAGUGUCGGGAACGUUCCAGGCCUGAUCUCCAGCUAGCGCCCGCCAUGGCAGACGCAGACGCCGCCGUGCCCCCCGUCGUGGUCCCCAGCUCGGCCCCGCCCCCGGCCCCUCCGGGCGGCGCCCCUCCCAAGGCGACGCACCACGGCCGCGUGGCUGCCCCCGUCGCCAGCUCCAACGAGGACACGGAGGAGCUCCCCGAGUUUGAGCCUUUCGGGGCUCUGGGGCCGAGGGGCUUCCCGUCGCUGGCUGAGUACCUGGACAUCUCAAAGGUGGACAUGGUGAAGGAACGGGACGAGGUCAACCACCAGCAGCACCACACGGACCGCUUCAACACCAACUUCCUGAUCGUUCGCAGGGGCCAGGAGUUCCAGGUCAAGAUCACCUUCAACCGGCCCUACGACGCCGACAAGGACAAGUUCGCUGUGGAGUUUGGCAUUGGCCCCAGCCCCCAGUUCAGCAAGAGGACCUACAUGCCGGUGUUCCCCACCCCGGAGCAGCAGAGCCCUUGGGCGGGCCGCGUGGUGGUGGCCGCCGGCCCCGAGGUCACCAUGGGGAUCACACCCACCGCCGACGCCAUCGUCGGGCGCUACCGCCUGUACGUCGCCGUGGUGACACCCUACGGCAUCCGCAGGACCCGUCCGGACGACAGCCGCGACCUCUACAUCCUGUACAACCCCUGGGUGAAGGAGGAUGUGGUGUUCCUGGAAGACGAGGAGGAGAGGGAUGAGUGCGUGCUCAACGAGUCAGGGGUCAUCUACCACGGCACCUGGGACGACAUCGCCGAGCGCAACUGGAACUUUGGCCAGUUUGACUUCGGCGUUCUGGACGCCUGUCUCUACGUCAUGGACCGGGCUGGGAUGCCCAUUGUCAACCGAGGUGACCCAGUCAAGAUGGCCAGGAUAGCCUCUGCCAUGCUGAACUCCCGGGACGACGACGGCGUCCUGGUGGGCAGCUGGAGCGGGGACUACUCCUACGGCGUGGCGCCCACUUCCUGGACUGGCAGCACCGACAUCCUGUUGCGCUACUACCGCACCCGCAAGCCGGUGGGCUACGCGCAGUGCUGGGUGUACGCCGCCGUCUUCAACAGCUUCCUGCGUUGCUUGGGCAUCCCGGCGCGCGUGGUCACCAACUUCUACUCUGCCCACGACAACGACGGCAACCUGAAGACGGACAUCAUCCUGGACGAGAACGGCCGCAUCGACCGCAAGAACACCCGCGACUCCAUCUGGAACUACCACUGCUGGAACGAGUGCUUCAUGGCGAGAGCAGACCUUCCUACUGGCUUCGGAGGCUGGCAGGCCGUGGACGCCACGCCACAGGAGACCAGCGACGGAAUGUUCCGGUGCGGUCCGGCGUCUGUCCGAGCCAUCAAACACGGAGAACUGUGCUUCCCCUUCGACGCCGCCUUCGUCUUCGCAGAGGUGAACAGCGACGUGGUGUUCCACAGCCGGAAGAGGGACGGCACCAUGGAGGUGGUGAAGGUGAAGAAGGACCACGUGGGCCGGCUGAUCCUCACCAAGGCCACCGGCUCCUACGACAGCCGCGACAUCACCGAGCUCUACAAGUUUCCCGAAGGCAGCGUGGAGGAGCGCACGGUGCUGGAGAAGGGCGAGGUGUACGGCUGCGCCCGGGACCAGAGCACCCUGCCCGAGGCGGACGUGGAGCUGCGGCUGCCCGCCCUGGAGGUGGCGGUGGGCGACGACUUCGAGCUCUGCCUGGAGGCGGUGAGCCGCAGCGGGGAGCCGCGCACGGUGGACGCCUACAUCACGUGCAGCGUGGUGUACUACACGGGGGUCACCAGCGCUGACUUCCUCUUCAAGACCCCCACCCUGGAGCUGGAUGCGAACCAGAGUGUGAAGGAGCUGUGGCAGGUCCCCGCCCGCUCCUACAUGAAGAAGCUGGUAGAGCAGGCUAACCUCCACUUCAUCGCCACGGGGAAGGUGAAGGAGACGGGCCAGAUCAUCACCGCCAUGAAGGUGGUCGCCCUGCACAUGCCCAAGCUCUCCAUCAAGGUGUCAGGGUUGAACAAAGUCAACGAGUUGAUGGUGGCCACUGUGGACUUCACCAACCCCUUCAGCUUUGUCCUGGAACACGUCUAUGUCCGCGUGGAGGGGGCGGGGGUGCUAUCACCCGCCUUCAAAUAUUACGGUCUCAUCCCAGGGGGCUCCAGGAUGACCUGGACGGAGGAGUUCACCCCCCGGAGGGCUGGCCCCACCAGGCUGAUCGCCACCCUGGACUGCGCUGCCCUCCGCCAGGUGUCCGGCCAGCUUGAGCUGGACGUGCUCCCCUGAAGGCCCAGAUGCUAAACCCCUCCGGCCCAAACCGGCUAAGGCUCUUCCCCCCUGUGGCUGGAAAAUAGUUAAUCUUUUAACGGUUUAUAUUCCGAUAUAUUUUUUGCUAUCUCAAUUCUUUCAAAUUUUUGUACAUUUUGAAAAGAACAUUUAGAAUUUGUUAUAAAUUCAAUUACUGCUCUGCCUCCCGAGUCAUUAAACAGAGACAAGAAUGAUAACGUUUGAGUCACAAAAUAAUUGUUUUUACUAGAUUUGUUUGCUGCCAUGUAAGGCUUUACUUUUGCUUGGCGUUACUGACAACUUUUUGUCAUGCCCGCUUAAUUUUCUUCUUACAAAACACGUACCAAAUACAUAACCAAAUAAAAAUGUAACUCAUAA